CAUUAUCGGAUUGUGUAUUGUUUGUUUUAUUUUUACUAAUAGAAAAUAUUUUAUUGUUCAGUUAGUCUUUAAUUAUUUUUGUGUAAUUUUUAGAUUCAUAAUGCAAUUUUUCCAGUUAAACAUAUUAGAUUCACCCUUAAAAUUUAUUAACGUUUAUACAUUGGUAUCAAUAUCUGUGUUGCUAUUUGUUUUGCAUCAAUUAAUUAAGAACCGACGAAUAAUUAAAUUGGGAAAUAAAAUACCUUCUGCUCAAGGACAUCUUUUGGGAUGUUUUUCACUUAUUAUCAAAGGACCAGAACAAAUAAUUCCUGAAUUUAUAAAAAUAGCUAAACUAAAUGAUUAUAAAAUAAUGAAAUCGUGGAUUUUUAAUCAAUUAUACAUUGGAGUUCUAGAGCCCGAAGAAUUAAAACAAGCACUGAAUGAUCCUAAUAUAUUCAAAAAAUCAAAAGAGUAUGAUAUACUUAAAAACUCCAUAUUUGGAAAUGGAUUAUUUACUGAAACAGAUAUGGAUGCAUGGAAAAAAUCCAGAAAAGCAAUUGUCAAAGGAAUGAGUAUUUUGAAUGUGAAACAAUUCAUUCCAAUUUUUUAUGAAGAGGCCAAGAUCCUCGGCGAGGUUAUGUUUCAAAAACGAGAUAGUCACACACAUGAGUGUGAUAUCUGUGAACCUGUCAGUAAUGCAACAAUGGAUACUUUCGGAAGAACAACUAUGGGAGAAAAUUUUAACUCUCAAAAGAAUAAUCAUCAUUUAUUUAUUGAAAAUAUAGACAUUAUUAAAGAGGUUUGGGCAUAUAGAAUCUUUAAACCAUGGUUUAGAUCUUCAACGUUAUUUUCCUUAUCUUCAAUGAAAAAGAGACAUGACAAAAGUUUGUACAUUGUACAAAGUUUCGUUGAAAAUCUAGUGAUGAAAGCAAAAAAUAAAAAAGAUAAUGAUUUGAUUGAAAUAUUAGAUAGCGCUGAUAACAAAAAUAAUAAACCAUUUGCCGAAGUAAUGUUAGAAAAUACUAACAUAAUGACUUAUAAACAGAUAUGUCAUAAUAUUAUGGGUACUAUAAUGGCUGGUCAAGAUACAUCAUUUAUUACUAAUACAUGUGUAUUAUUUAUGAUAGCUACUCAUCAGGACGUCCAAAAAAAAUUAGUAGAAGAGUUGGAUACAAUAUUUUCCGACGGUGAAAAGAAUAGACAACCAACAUAUGAAGAUUUGCAUAAAAUGGACUAUUUAGAAAUGACAAUUAAAGAAACUUUAAGAUUGUUUCCUCCGGUUCCUUUUAUAGGAAGAGAAGUUUCCAAAGAAACAACAAUAGGAAAAUAUGUAAUUCCAAAAGGUGCAACAAUUUGUAUUAUACCAAAAGCUAUUCAUUCAAAUCCAUCGUUAUAUUCGAAUCCAGAAAAAUUUAAUCCAGAUAAUUUUUUGCCCGAAGCAUGUCUCAAACGUCAUCCAUAUUCGUUUAUUUCUUUUAGUGGAGGUUACAAAAACUGUGCUGGUAUUAAAUAUGCAAUGCUUCAAGCAAAAACGGUGAUAUCUACAGUUAUAAGAUCUUAUCAUUUGUACCCUUCAGAUAAAUGCCCCACACCAGAUAAACUACGAACAGCUCUAUCAGGUGUAUUAACUUUUGUCGAUGGUUGUCCCAUAAAAAUAGAACGAAGGGAGUUGUAGUUAUAAUUUUUGUUAAGUUUUUUAUUCUAAUGUUUUUUAUUUUUUUACUAUUAAUAUACAAUUCUAAAAAAUUAUAUUAGUUUUAUGUAUUUUACUCAGUUUAAAUGAGGGACUAAUCUGUUCGAUUUAUUAAAAGUGUCGAUUUCGGUCAAGAAAUCAUAAAAAAAUUAGUUACAACCUGUUUUUUAAGUUGAUAUGUAAACGGUCCCCAAUUUUAAACAAAAAAUGUUAUUAUUGUGUAAUAUAAUCAGUUUUUCGUUUUGUUAUA